GGUAACAAUGGCUUAUAGUAUUUGGUGAUUUGACACAAAAACAGAUUAAAUUAGAAACCAAUUGUGAAUUGUUUGUGUUUUUAUUUGGUUGUAGUGAUUUAAUAGCUGCUUAUUUUAUUGCCAUAGUAUUAUUAGUGUUCUAAGUAAAAAGAAAUAUUUUAUAUUAUCAAUAAUUAUCAUCAUAAUGAUCUAGAUUGAUCAAGAGAAAUAAAAGCAAUUGAUUUUAUUUUUUGAAACAUCUGCCAGCAUAUCUUUUUUCAUUGUAUAGAAAGGUGUACAUUGGAGUAUAAAAUUUUUCUUUAAAAUCUCAUGUUACUAACGAUUGGAUUAACGUUGUUGAAUUUUUAAGUUUAUUUAUAAUAAAUUGAAGAUGAAUGAAGGAGCAGCAAAGAAUGAAUCUUUUACUGACAAUAAACAAAGCAUUGGUAUGUCUAAAUCUAGUCGAUCUUCUUCAUCAUCAAAACUUCAACCAGAAAAAAUAAUGCUAACAAUAGAAAUGAUGGAAAGUGAUGAUGAAGAUGAAGAUGGUGAUGAGAAUUACCUUAAAAAUGAUAAUCCGGAGGAAGAAGAAAUCGAUCAAGAUGUUGAAGAGAAGAAAAAUGAUAAUGCAAUUGAUACAUUUAAUGUAGAAUUAAAAAAAGAAUUACCUAGUAUUGAAGGGUUAGCCAUCAGUCUACAGACAGAAGGUAAAAAGAGUUUUGAAAAAUCUCAUUCAAAUCAAAAUUAUCAUUGUGAUAAAAUUGAUAGAAAUAAUGAAUUAAAGUUAAUCAACAACUCUUCCUCUCGAUAUCAAUUAGAAUAUGGACGAAUGGAUAUUGAUAGCAUUCCAAAAACUUCAGAGUCUUCAUUAGUUCCUGAAAAAUAUUCAAGAACUCAUGGUAGUUCUUCAGUUUUAGAAGCUACACCUUUAGAGACGAUAUCAUCAUCUUACUCAAGUGGAAUAUCAUCAGCAUCAUCUGGAAUACCGUCACUUAAUACUGGAAUAUUGGUGACUUCUCAGAACCAAAUACAUGAUUUAUUGACAGGUCAAAAACAUAAAGGAUCAAUUACUUCUACAACAAUUCAUUUAAAUAAGCAAUCAAACACGAAAUACGAACAAGUUAGUACUCAUUCUGCUAAUGCUUCUAAUGCAUCUCAUAAACCAGACCCUGGAACUAUAACUACAAAUACAUUCCAAUCAAGUCUCAAUUCUGCUGCAAUAAACAUUAAACCAGAGUCUGGUGUUGUGAAUCAAGCACAUAUUAAUCAGAAUACGUCUUCACAUCAUUUGCCACUUGAAACCCCUAUUAAACAUCAACUACCGACUGGAAGUAUGAGACCAGUUCCAUCAUAUUCCCACAGGAAUCUUAUGCAGACUCCUCAAAGCAAGAAUCAAGCUAAUUUCAGCUCCAAUAAAUCUUAUGUACAAACUCCUGCAACAAUUUUUUCUCAUUGGCAAAAUUUACUACAUACCCCAGUGCAAAACAGUGGAUUGGAUCGAGGAUCAGGACAAGGAUCAUCAAUUGUUCCUAAACAGGAGUCGUAUUGGUGCAAGAGUACUGAAAGAAAGGGAGUACGAAGGCCUCUGGCUGAAACAAUGAUUCAAGAACCUCGAACAUCAACUGAUAAUGUUAAGUAUGUUGAAACGAAUCAUGAGCAUCAUGAAAUUCAAAAUCAAUUGCCAUUGGAAUCGAAAAAUUAUCUUCAAAAAGAAUCCCAAGUUUAUUCUCCUCUUCCAAAUAAAACUAAAGUUUCAGAAAAAAGUUCUUUGGAGAACCAAAACUGUCCUACAUCAGAAACUUAUAAAAGAACUCACAGUGAAAUUCAAAACCGACCAAUAGAGUUUCAAAGUAGUGGACAAUCAUCACAAACAUCUAAGUCACAAGAAUCUAAAGAGAAUAUAUAUCCGACGUUUCGAGAUAGCUUUGAGAAAAAAGAAGAAUCUUCGAAAAAAUCAUCAGAAUUAAUUUUGGAGAAUAAUCAAAUUAAUAAAUUAUCCAAAUCAGAUUCUUCAACUGUGAAAGAAGCAUUUUGUAAUCUCCAAAACAUUAAUAAUAAAGUAAACGUAGUAGCAUCAGUACCUUCGAGUAUAAAUAAAAUUCAAUUAGGAAAAAAUCUUGUUGUUAAAGGUGUGGAGUAUUUGAUUCUCGAUAAAGUGGGCGAAGGUAUGAGUGGAGUAGUGUACAGGGUUAGAAAUCUGAGUAAUUCAGAAUUGAGAGCCAUAAAAUGUGUAGACUUAUCUAAAAUGGAUAAAGAAAACGCUCAAUCUUGUAUUCAGGAGAUCACAAUGCUUUCUAAACUGCAAGGACCAUCGAUAGUUCAGAUGUUUGAUUAUGAAAUUGACAAACAUAUGAUAUAUGUGGUUUUGGAAAUGGGAGACACUGAUUUAAGUCGUUUGUUAAAAUCCAUUACUGCAGAAAAAACUCCACCGUUAACCAUGGUCUUAUAUUAUUGGACUGAAAUGCUAUCAGCAGUAAAAUAUAUCCAUGAUAAUGGUGUAAUCCAUUCGGAUUUAAAACCAGCUAAUUUUUUAUUAGUCAAAGGAAGACUUAAACUCAUAGAUUUUGGUAUUGCUUCUACUAUAAAUGGUGAUAUGACGUCUGUAGUAAAAAAUACAACAUGUGGAACAUUAAAUUAUAUUAGUCCUGAAGCUUUAGUGGAUAUUGGAGAAUCUCCCAGUCAGCACAGUAAAUAUAAAAUCAGUUGCAAAUCAGAUGUGUGGUCGUUGGGAUGUAUUCUCUAUUCAUUAGUUUAUGGACGAACACCAUUUCAACAUAUUCGACAGUAUUGGGCUAAAAUAAAUGCAAUAGUUAAUCCUGCUUCAAAGAUUUCAUUUACACAACCACCUAAUGCUGAUCCAAUACCGCCAGUGUUGAUUGAUGUGAUGAAAAAAUGUUUACAACAUAAUCCUAAAGCUAGACCUUCUGUUGAACAGUUACUUCAAAUCCAUUAUAUACCAACUGAACAUCCCAGAAAUGUUCCAGAGAUCCCACCCACUAUCAUCAUGAAAAUAAAAAAUGUAUUGAAUGAUGAAGAAUGGCAUCAAUUCAUAGAGAUUAUGGAGAAGCAAAGAAAGGCUUGAUUAUAUUUUUCAUUGUCGAUUUUCGCGAUAAUGUACAUAAAAUUUGUAUAAUUUGAUAAUUAUGUGUAAGUGAUGAACUAAUAGUAUUUUAUAAAACAGAAACUCUAAUUAUUCAAUAAAAAAUUAAUUGUUAAAUAGAUGUAGUAUACAUAAUUAUCGAUAAUAAAGGUAAUUUUUUGGCAUAAGGGUUAAAAAUAUGCUCUAACAA